AUUCCAAAAUUGGAUUAGUGUAUUAAUUUCGUGAAAUUGCAACGGUUUGGGGGGAAAGGUACAGCAAGCUGGUUUGCAAAAAGAAAAGGGACCAUAAGACUUGGAACAGUUUCUAGAGUAAAAGUUAUCACAUAGAAGUAAAUAUGCCUUCUGAAUUGGGAAAAACAGACAUGGAGAGGAUUGGCCUCUUUAGCGAAAUGGAAUAUAUUACUAUUGGAGAUAAAUAUGUCUCGACAUAUAAUCGCCCUUUUAAUGAAGCUGCAAGCAAGAAUAAACAAAUGCUACCAGGAGGUUUUAAAGAGAAAGGAGCCACCCAAGCAGGAUAUUUUGAUCCUCAGUUUUCAAGAGUUUUUGAAGGUGAAAGUUAUUCAAAUCCCGUUCAGUUAAGGAGAAGAUACCGAUUGGCUGAGGCAAAAAAAAACCUGGGAACCAGACCCUUUCUUCCCACUAAUGGAGAUAAAUUUCCGUGCGGCAUAGGAACCUACUACGGAACAAUUAGUGGCCCAUGUCCCUUCUUCAGUGCUCAGUUGAAAGAUAAGGUUGCAUAUGUACAACCAGGGAAAAAUCUCUAUACCAGUCCAGGGAAGAAAGGAACUGGCUAUGGGUAUCCAAAUCUCACCAUAGGUAAACCAUAUACACAUUCAGUUGAAUUGUUUGACAUAGGAAGAAUAAAUUUUAAGAAAAUAUCUGAAGAACAUCGUCAUCUGAUGAAAGGUGGACCAUUCAAGCUAAAUCUUUAUCCCCGAGAAUAUUUCGAUACAAAUCCUUACCAUGAUGAAGGGCCGAUUCCUCCACCAAAAAAGCAACCUGAAAAAGUACCCAUUCCACAUCCUUUUAAGCCAAGUUCUCCAGCUAAAAAGCCAGGAGGCAUGAAAGCAGGCACAUUUGAUCCAUUUCCGACUCAUUCUACAGACCCAUAUGGCGUUAGAAUGCCUAGGGCUUCCACAACUAAUAAACAAGGAAAAGUAUUUCACCCUAAUCCUGGAAAUAAGAGCAGACCAGUAAGAAGCAUUAUGGCCUUAAACAUUGAAAAGUCGUUAAAUGUAACUAAUUACACGAAUCCCCGUGUGAUGUCAUAUUAGCUGCACAAAAGCAAAGUGAAUGAAUGAACUUUCUGGACUGCAAACAGUAACAGCUCAAGUAAAUAAAAGUUUUGUGGCUGGGGGAAAUGUGUCAGAUAUAGCUAUCUGCCUUCAUUUUAUAAGAACUAAUUGAUAGUAUAGUUAUUGAUGAUAUAUAUAAAAUGUAAUUUAAAUUUUGAUAUGUUAUUUAUGUUGUGUAUAUUGGAUAGUAUUUGUUGUUUUUUGGUGAGGUUUUUUUCAGCCACGCAAAGAACAAAUGCUAUUAUUUAUAAUUGUCCUGUCUUUUUUUUAAUCGGAACAUAAUCAUUAAAUAAUUGCUCUAUUAAAACAAACUUCUCUG